CAUCCAUCGUUCUCUUGGCUCAAUUAUACAGCGAAGAAUUUUAAGGGCCACACAGUAUAUGAAGACAAGCACACUGUAGGGGUCAGAGCUUGAUAUACGAGGAGUCGUGACAUUAGAGUUCAGAGAAUUCAAAGCGUGGUGGGUGUACUGAUUGCCUAUAUAAGAGUCUCUUCUGAAACAUUUCGGGUUGUGGUAAUAAUCUCUUCUGUAACAGAACUCCAGAAGUUGGCAAUACCCAGAAAUUCUUGUUUACUGGGAAGUAAGAUGGCAACUUCAGGAGUUGAGGCUCAGGACAAAUAUCGUUCCUACUUACAUGGAGAAGAAGAGAAGAACACAAAAUGGAGGUUUGGUGCCCCUCCUAACUAUGAUCUUGUUAACAGGCUUUUUGAAGAAGGCAGAACUAAGAUAUGGCCUCCUGGCUCACUUGAAGAAAAAGUGCAGAACCUUGUUAAGUCAUGGGAAAUGGAGAUGUUUAACAAAACAUGCUCUGAUGACUAUAAAUCAAUUGAUCCGAAUAAGUAUACUUUCAGCCUUAACGGAAGGAAGGUUGUAACUUUAGAAGAAAAGCGCAAGCUUGGGGGAGGCUACAAUUCCUUUCUACAAACCUCUUUGCCAGAGAAGCUUCGUGGCUACAACCCAGCAGAAGAAACAGUUGAUUCAUCUCAUAGGGCUUUCGUUACAGCUUUCCCGCGUGGGUUUGCUCUGGAGGUUCUGAGAGUUUAUUCAGGGCCACCAGUGAUUGUUUACAAGUUCAGGCAUUGGGGUUUUAUGGAGGGUGCUUUCAAAGGCCAUGAACCAACAGGAGAAAUGGUUGAACUCUUUGGGAUGGCCGCUUUUGAGUUGGACGAACAGGAGAAAAUUGUGAAGGUCGAGUUCUACUUUGACCGUGGAGAACUGCUAGGAGGUCUCAUGCAAGGUGCUACCUUGGAUAGUUCCUCCGUAGAGGAGGCUGCAACCUGCCCUUUCCUGAAGAACACAGGGUAGCUACCCAAAUACCUGUGUAACAAUGUAACCGAAGGUCCGUUUGCAAAUCUAUAGCAUUAUGAAUAAUCUUUGGCACUUUGGCAUCAACCCUGGUCUGCAGAAUGAGGGUUGAAAGGAUAUUAAAGUUUUGGAUGGUUUAUUUAAUUUCAGUACUUUCACACGUGUUGAUAAACUUUUCUGCAAAUGAGCAUACUGCCAACAUACUUUGGCCUACAAAGAGUGGAUAAUAAUGUUCUUGUGAAAAGGGCUCUUUUGUUUUCAAAA